AUGUCUGAGUCUACCCCAACCCUCUAUCCUGGCCUCGGCUUGGACCUCCGAUAUCACGAUCAGGACAGGAAUGACAUCUAUCCCAUAGGGAUUCACUACAAUUGUUAUGGGGCUGACUCUGAAAUGCUUCUCGUGCGAGAGGUCGCCAUGAUGAUUGUCAUGAAUCAAUUGACCGAGAAACCGGAUUGGCAUCUCAAAGUCUUCAACGAAACCAUCGCCGAAAAAUGGAUCGAAGAGGCUCUUGCUCUCCCUGUUGAGCCUCUCUAUGACGAUAUUGUCCCACCAAAGAAAUACAAUUACACAGAAAAGCUCAAAACUAUCCUCGACAGGAAGUGUCUUGAAUAUUGUAUCAAAGAGCUACGUGCAAAGGCCAAGUUCUUUGAAAAGACGGGUCUUAUCCCGACCCUGGACGCCUCUGCGUCUGUGGUAAAAGCAGAUGGCUACAUUGAUGAUUCCCUGCAUCAAAACCUUCAAGCUGCGUUCGCCAAGCUCAAGCUAGAGCAAAAGGAUGACCCGGACUGGCACCCCAACACCAAUGAAAUGGUUCAGAACCUUGUCCAUCCGUCACUCUACCCACUCGUCUAUGGCCGCUCACGAGUCUUUCGCGAUGAGGUUGUUGGCGUAGAAGAUGCUAUCGACCGAUGGAGCGGCAAAGGAGACGUCAUCCCUAAAAAGAAUGAUUGGCCCGUGGACAUGAGCCGAUCCCGUUAUAGUACAGGUAUUGGAGGCGGCCAGAUUCAUGACUCGUACUGGUCCGAAAACUACCAGUGGUUACCGUCCAAUGUUAACUUUCAGGAUGAUUCAAGCGCCAAGUUCACGAGUUACAUCAACGGUCUCCACCCUACAGAGCAUCCAGAGAUUUAUGCGACUAUUGAGAAGCUCAUUGACAGGGCCAUUACGGCUUGGGACCUUUGCGUACCGUGUUAUCUAACGGGCGAAAAGGACGGGGCUGGUAGAACGGAGCCUCGAUUUGGCAUGCCUGAGAAUCCUGAUGACGAGAAUGAUAAAAACUGGACUGUAUCGCUUGAUGACAUCCCUUUACCAAAAGGAGAAAACGAGGAUGAUAAAAGUGAUUCUUACAGGUGGGAAAUGGAGGACCGGCAACGUGAACAGUGGGAGGAAGUAAGGGAGCCAAUCCAACCGGAAGCUCCAGAGUUCAAGGCUUGGGAUUACGGUGUCAAACCAGCCUGUUCUUUUCGAGAGCGCUACCCGGACAUCCAAGUCAUCGUCAAAAUGGCAUCCAUCGAGCUUACCCCAGACAAGCCCACCUUUCCUGCAGGAGGAUGGCACGUCGAGGGUCAGAUGAAUGAGCACAUCGUCGGCACAGCCCUCUACUAUCUGGACUCAGAGAACGUAACACCCAGCUCCCUGAAAUUCCGCAUGCAGACAAGUCCAUAUCAGGACAAGUUCCAAGACUUGGUUGGCCAAGGUCAAUACAACUGGAUGGAACUGGUAUACGGCACCGCCCUCAGCGGGGGAGACUGUCUUCAACAAUACGGCAGCGUUGAGACUAAAGAGGGAAGAUUGCUCGCGUUUCCUAACGUUUUCCACCAUUGCGUCUCGCCUUUCGAACUGCAGGAUAAAACAAAACCGGGUCAUCGACGAUUUAUCGCGUUGUGGCUUGUUGACCCCCAUACACGGAUUAUCAACACGGGCAACGUUCCGCCUCAACAGCACAGUUGGUGGAUGGAGAAGGCUUUUGGAAAUCUGGAUGCGGAGAAGAGUAUUCCUCAUCCCGUUGCGAAGAUAGUCUCUGAAGCUGCGCCUGAUCAUUCAGGCAUCCAAGCUGCCGUCGAGAGAGGAACGCCUCUACCUGCAGAACUAAUGAGUAUGGUUCAAAAAGAAGCUGGCGAAUCUGCGAUGCCUAUGACUCUACAGGAGGCUAAGGAGCAUAGGCUAAAAUUGAUGCAGGAGAGGAGUCGAUCUCAGCAAGAGACAGAGCAAAAAUGGUCCAAAGCAACAUACAGCUUUUGUGAACAUUAG